AUGCUCCACGACGCAGGAUCUGCUGGCACUCGAAUGCCUUCGCCCAUCACUCCCACUCCAGCAACAAAGAAACAAGCGACGAAUUUCGGCCUGCCACGCCGGCGAAAGACCGUCUCGAUCGUUCAUCCAGACACCCAUGCGCCCGAAAGCGACGCGGCCGUCGAAUCCGCCCAUCCCUCGCGCUCCUCGACGAUGGAUGCUUACGUGCAACGAGGGUACCCGGCUAAGGUGCACCAGAUGGAACCACGCAGCCCAGCGAUGGAGUCUCAAUAUUCCCCGCGAGAAGGGAAUUUCCUUGUGAAAAGCAAAUCAUCUGGCCGCCUGCGGUCUGCUGCGAUCGAACGAAGAUUGACUAUUCCGGGAGAUCCCCGUGACACGGGGAAAGCUGGCGCGCUAACAUUCGCCGGCACCACCACUUCAACGGCGCCAUCACCGUCCGUCGUCGCCAGUCGUCCUCAGCCGAUCUCCUCGCCUCUCUCUCCUUCAUCCCCAUCGCCGUCGCGCCUUCACCAUCCUCCCUCUCUGCCCAGUAUCCCCCGGCUACCCCAAAGUCGCUUCAGUUUCGAGGUCCAAUCCCCUCUCCGCAAGAUCGCCCUGACCUCUCACCUCAAGUCUGCCAGCAUCGACCGCAGCACACCAGCAGCCUCCGACUCCGUUUCCUCACCCAAGCGCUCCUCUUUGUAUAACAGACACCGAAAAUCCGUCCCAGAGUUCCAUUCUCCCGACCUUGAAACACAACCUGCUUCAGAAUCUCUGCGAAAUCCUCUUGUUGAGCCCGCCACUGAACAGGAGCGUAGUCCUGCGCUCUCCCCGGACGCUGGCUCAACUGUUCGCGUGCUGAGUCCCAAUGCAGCGAAACGUCGCAAAUCAACGUUAUACUCCCAACAGUCACCCCCGGAUGUGAAGAGGAGAAUGCCAUCGUCCACCGCGACCUUCACUCAGGGGCGCUCGUAUGCCGACGAGAAUGGUACCCCCGCGAAAGGAAUAGAGAGGUACAGUCAACGAGAUGGCUUCCGAUCCUCAAUUGCAGAUGAGUCUCGGUCUAGAAAUGAAGACAUUUUCUUGAACAUUGCGAGGUCGGACUCAGGUCAUCGCGAGUCCGUGGGUCGCCCUGAUUUCAGACGGUCGCGACUGAGGAUGUCCGGUAAUGGAUUUCGCUCUUCCAUCUCUCGCGUCAGUAGUGACCUGACACCGUCGCCCGAACAAUUAUCUCGCUCAAAUACUUUCGAAAGCCCCUUGCAUCACAACUCGCAACAAAACGGCUCUCCUUCCACACGAUACAGCUCUUUACCUUAUUCGUACUCGGCCUCCGCCCACCCUCUGGACGAAACGGGCCGAUCUCCGCAGACAAAUUUCGCAUCUAGCUCGCGCUCAACGGUCGGGGUUCCUCGCAGUCGUCUAAGUCGCACCAGCCCUGAAAAUGAACCCACCUCAGAGCGCAGACCCUCUCUUCACGAUUCACGCUCCUUCCGCCAUUCCACACUCUCUAGUAUUCGAAGCAGUCGACAGGUUUCGGGCUCUGAAGCCACCGAGAAGCCGCGCCAUGACAACGAUCGGGCCCGACAAGAUGGAACCGAAUCGACCCUUUCAACUACUGCACCCUCUACCGUCUGGGAUGAGCUGGAGGAUCUUAAGUCGCGGAUUAAGAAACUAGAAUUGACCGGGAAGCUCCCUCCAUCGUCUCAGGAAGCCAUGUUCUCCUCUACCUCUGGAGAGCGACCGCGCACAGCAACAACAACCGUAACGACAAUGUCCUCCUCUCCGCGCCACCGAAGAACAAGUGUGUCUGGCGAAUCCGAUACUAUUACUGCUCCAAAUCCAGUUCAUCCACUUUUACAAUCGGCUUUGGUCAAGGUGAAGAGCGUUCUCAAGAAAGAGGUAUAUACGGCAUUGGAGGCCACGGCAACGGAUGCAAUGUCCCUUUCGCAGCUCUUGGGAACUGGAAAAACACCCUCUGGGAACGUUUCUAUGGUCAAUGGAUACGGUUCUUCAGAGAGGCAGUCCCGACGCAAGGCCGACAGUGUCUGUCGCAGUCUAACAGAACUGUGUCUUGCCCUGUCGGAUGAACAGCAUGCCAACCAGCAGCCCUCCCCAGGGGAAUCAACGUUACGAAUGUCGCAAUCGAACAAUACCGAUGAGGGAACGAUAACUCCAACAACGAACCCAUACCGGAAGAGCUUGAGUCAAGAGCCGGAGGAGAUAUCCAGGCGACAAAGCGGCGGUCCUCGUACCGCAAGUCGGCUUGAAUCCCGCCGCGCAAGUCUCGCGAACCACGGCGAGCAGUAUUCGUCGCCUGAUAGCUCUAGCCAAAACAAUAAGCUCGCGCAGUCACCGAAAUCUCCAGUCACAGGAAGUCGGAUGAGUCGAUUGUCGGUUUCUAUGCGAUCAAAGAGGUUGCAGGAUGACGAGCCUUCCGAAUAUCGAAGUACCCACAACCGCACAAUAUCUAGAAGUAUGACAGAUAUUGGGCAAGCCUCUUCAACACAAAUUCCUUCGCCGCGACAGCAGGGCUCUUUCGGAUACCAAGGGUCACGGCCAAUAUCUGAUUCUCAGCAGCCUUCUCAACCCCGCACCCCAACAACUUCACAGUCCGGCAUACCUAUGCGCCGAAGCUUGAUGACCCCAUCGACCUACACACCGGCGAUUUCUCGCGCGAAUAUACAAGCCGGGUCUCGUCGCUAUGGUUUACCAUCCGGCGCUGAAGGCCCCGCGGAUGACACACCACUCUCGCCACGUCAGGAGACUCCCCAGACGAAAAUAGUUGCGCCCUCCAGUAAGCUAGCGUCUAGCUACACGCCUAUAUCACAGAAUCGCUUCAGAACAAACAGCUUAGGCGGUCGACGACUAGGCCUCAGGCCGCGCCCAACGUCAACAGUUGACACGAAACAAUCCAAAUCCUUCAACGACAGCAUUGACUGA